AUGGCCGACCUAACAACAGCAUUUGACGCCCUUCUGGCAGGGCUCGAGACCCCCCCAACGAAACGCUUUAACUUGGACACGGCUGGCGAGUUUCUCAAGGAAGCAUACCGGAUAAGUUCGCUAGUCGCACGACUACAUGACGAGCUGCGAAACCUUUGUCAGGCCUACCUCUCAACGGCGGCUCCGCGCAAGACACAUCUCCGUCCCGCAAGCCAUGGGAACCCUGCACACCCGCCAAGCCCUGCCCGUCUGACGGAACGGGACCGUGAAGAGAUCGAUGCCAAGGCCAAGAUGACACUCCGGGACCUCAAUGCCCGCAUUCGCGCUCUCGAGGACGCCGAGAAGCUGCGCCAGAGCACAGAGACGGCGUUGCUGCAAAAGAAAUAUGCCCGCGCUCUGGGGGCGUUGGGAUCAUGGGCGGCCGGGGGCGGCGCGCUUGGCACGGGAAAGAGUAACGAGCAGGUCGUAGCUGAGGCCGUAACUCGCCAGCUUGGAGCACAUAGGGAGAGCGUCAUCUGGUUUCUGAGACAGCGUCUACAGGAGACGGCAAGGACGCAGCAGAGAAUGAUGGAGACUCGCCUGAGGAGAGAAGUGGAGAAGAAUAGAAGCGUGCUUGCCAAGGCCCGCGGAUCUUCCCUGCUGGCAGGAAGGGAUACGGAUGACCUGAGCCUGGGAAAGGCCACGCCUACUACUCUAAUCGGCAGCAGUACUCGUCUCCCGGGUGAGGAAGGGGAGAAGAGGUUACCUCCGGAUGGUCUCACAGACGAACAGAGGCAGUUGUUCGAGAAAGGCAACCAGGACAUGCUUAAGCACUUCGAGAGCACGUUGGACAAAGUCAGGACGGCCGAGAAGUCUCUUGUCGAAAUUUCGGAGCUCCAAAAUGUGCUCGUAAAUAAUCUGGCCACCCAGUCGGCACAUAUCGACCAGCUGGUGGCCGAGUCCCUCGAAACAACAGAGGGUAUCGGUAAAGGAAAUAAAGAGCUCAAAAAGAGCGCCGCGAGAACUAGUCCGGCUCGAUACACUUUCUUUGCCGCCGCAGGACUGUGUACCCUGCUUGUCGUCUGGGAUCUGCUAAUAUAG